AUACACGACAUAUAUUUGUACCGCCAUCAGACGAUUGGGAGAAGCUGCAGAGAGAGCAUCGUGCUGGCUAUGGCACAAACGAGAUGAGCCGAUGUGGAAGCCGACAUAGACGAGUAGUGGUUUGGCCACCACUACUGACCCACCAGCCGGAGGAUGUAGUGAUUAAGGGAAAGGCUGGAUGGAAACUGGGGAAGACCAGUGACGCUGGAGAGACAGAUGACAUCCAGAAACAGACUGGAGCAGGGUACUUUGUGUCAGCAACUCGAAGUAUAGCUCCCGCAAGGGGGCACCUAUAUCAAGCUACAGAACAAAGAAAAGAGCAACACCCCCAGAGCCUCCCGAGAGGGGGGGAGGAUGAGAGGCUCACUCGGACAGAUCAAACGGAAACGACCAGGACACGGACAAACACAACGAUGAUCCAAACAACGUUAAGUGGAGAGCCAGUCGAAGCACGAUGCCAUUGUGGAAAGAUAUGCAAGAACAGCAGAGGGCUGAAAAUCCAUCAGGCAAGGACCAAAUGUGGCCAUAGGGAGAUACUAACGCAGCGCACAGAUAUCAGCAAUGAAUCUGGUGAGACGCAGGAGGAACUCAGUCAGGAGUCAAACCAUAGUACAGAGAGCCUCCAAGCUUCGGUGUCGCCAGAUGGCAGCAUUGGUAACUUGAAUGAAGCGAGCGCCCAUGGUGUUCAAGCAGUGAGGGACAGGAGAUUAGACAAAGUGCAGUGGCCCAAGACAAAUGACGAGGCAGCUUGGCGAAAUCUUGAUCAGGACCUGGAGGCUAUUUUGGAGACCACUCUACAGGGGAAUGUGGAGAGGAAAGUAGAAGCACUGACGUCAAUUGUGUACAGUGUAUGCAAAGAGCGAUUCGGAGUGGAAACAUCCAGAACACAACCCAGAGCAAAGACAACAAAGGAGAACAGGAGGGAACGUAAGAUCAAACAACUACGAAAGGAGCUGAGGGAAUUAAGAAAGAGGUUUAAAACAGCACCAGAGAGUGAAAAAGUUGGGAUACAGCAGAUAAGAGACGACCUUAGGGAGACACUUCGCCGCCUAAGGAAUGCAGAAAGACUAAGGAAGGGAAGGAAGGAGAGAGCGAAGAAAAGAGCAGAUUUUGUUAAAGAUCCAUUCCAGUUCUCAAAAACUUUGCUAGGAGCAGAGAGAUCAGGCCAUCUGGAAAGCUCGAAGGAGGAAGUGGAAGCUCAUCUCAAAGGUGUCCAUUCAGACAACAGGAGAGCAGAACCUUUAGGAUAUUGUCCAAGAAUCUUAGAGGUAGAGGCCCCAAGUGCACCAUUGGAUACCAAACUUCCUACCUGGAAAGAGAUUCAAGAUGUGGUGAAAAAGGCAAGAUCAGGAUCAGCCCCAGGACCAAGUGGGAUAACGUACAGGGUUUACAAGAAAUGUCCAAGACUGCUAAGAAGACUGUGGCAGCUAAUCUGUAAAGUAUGGAAGAAAGGGACCAUACCGGCGUGCUGGAAGAAAGCAGAGGGAAUCUUUGCUCCUAAAGAGAAAGACUCCAAGACAGUUGAACAAUUUAGGACCAUAUCGCUGCUGAGUGUCGAAGGAAAGAUCUUCUUCUCGAUACUUGCCAAGCGCAUGACAGCCUACAUGGUGGAAAACAGUUACGUCGACACCUCAAGUCAGAAGGGAGGAAUCCCUGGGUUUUCAGGAUGCGUAGAACAUACAAGCGUCAUCAGCCAACUGAUCAGAGAAGCCAAGCAGAAAAAAGGUAACCUGACAGUGGUAUGGUUAGAUCUUGCAAACGCCUAUGGAUCUGUACCACACAAACUGAUUGAGGCAGCCCUGGACCAUUAUCAUAUUCCGGAGCACAUCCGGAAAAUGAUAAUGAGCUACUUCGGAGGGAUACAGUUGCGGUUUACAGUUGGGGAAAGCACUACAGCGUGGCAAGACCUGGAAAAGGGAAUAGUUACAGGAUGUACCAUUUCACCUAUACUCUUCAUCAUGGGAAUGAAUAUCAUCAUCAAGGCAGCAGAGAGAGAAACCAGAGGACCUAGAAUGGAGUCUGGCAUCUACCAACCAGCCAAUAGAGGCUUCAUGGAUGACCUAACGAUCACUACCACCACACAUGUACAGGCCAGAUGGGUCUUGUCCGCGCUGGAGGAGGUAGUUACAUGGGCACGGAUGCAGUUCAAACCUCGGAAAUCACGUUGCAUGAUUAUGAGGAAUGGCAGACUCAGCCGACAGUUUGUACUGAAGGUCCAAGAGGAGGAGAUACCUUCAAUCAUUGGCAGCCCCAUAAAGUGCCUAGGGAAAUGGUUUGACGACACACUCAGUGACAGCCAGAACCACAAGAACACCCAAAGCCAAGUGCGCCAGUGGAUGAAGAAGAUCCACAAGUCGGGACUUCCUGGAAAGUACAAAGCAUGGAUAUACCAGCAUGGCAUGCUACCAAGGCUCACAUGGCUGCUGCUACUGUAUGAAAUACCAACCUCAACAGUAGAAGGGUUAGAGAAGAUGGUGAAUGGGUACCUGCGGAAGUGGCUUGGGGUCCCACCAAGUUUCACAUCAGUUGGGCUGUACAGUUGUUCGGCAGAACUACAACUACCAUUCAAAUCGGUCGUUGAAGAGUUCAAGGUAGCAAAAUGCAGGCUGGUGAUGACUCUGAGGGACUCCAAAGACGUGAAAAUCAGCGAGGCAGGGAUACAGACAAGAACAGGGAGAAAGUGGUCAGCAAGCACUGCAGUUGGUGAAGCAGAGAGUAUGCUCGAGUUGAAGGAUAUCAUCGGGAAUACCUGCGUCGGAAGACAAGGAGUUGGCUUCUCUCAUUUCCAGCAGUGGGAGAAAGCAAAUACCCAAGAAAGACGGCAAAUGGUGCAGAAAGAAAUCAGAAGGAUUGAGGAGGAAAGGAGGAGAGGGAAAUCUGUAGAACUCAGCAAACAGGGUGCGUGGACCAGAUGGAAUCUCCCAGAGAGGAAGAUGACGUGGGCUGAAAUAUGGAGAAUGGAGCCCUUCCGGAUAUCAUUUCUGCUACGAUCCGUGUAUGACACGCUACCAUCUCCUGUUAACCUGCAUCAGUGGGGAUUGACGGAGGAUCCUUGCUGCAAGCUAUGCGGAGGAAGAGGAACAAUGGCUCAUAUCUUGUCUGGUUGCAAAGAAGCACUACGACAGGGUAGAUACCGAUGGAGGCACGACAACGUCUUGCGGGUCCUAGCGGAUAUCCUUGAAGUGGAGAGAAGGAAGAAAAGAACUGGUGUAAGAACAAACCAGGCUGGUAUCAAGUUUGUGAAACCAGGGGAGAAAGCCACAGUGAAGCCUCGAAGCACCUCAUCCAUCUUUGAACGGGCGUCAACAUGGGAGAUGAAGGUUGACCUUGACAGGAAGCUUGUGUUUCCAGGAAUAGUGGAAACAACACUGAGGCCUGACAUGGUAAUCUGGACAGAGCAAUCCAGACACCUCAUCGCCAUAGAGCUCACCGUACCAUGGGAGGAAGGCUGCGAGGAAGCUCACGAGAGGAAGAAAGCCAAGUAUGAUGAGCUGAUGGAAAAGUGCAGGAGCAGAGGAUGGACAGUAUGGCUCUUUCCAGUGGAGGUUGGCUGUAGAGGUUUCCCCGCACAGUCAGUGUGGAGGACACUACGGUCAAUAGGACUCACUGGGAGGGCAAGAGCUACCGCCAUCAGACGAUUGGGAGAAGCUGCAGAGAGAGCAUCGUGCUGGCUAUGGCACAAACGAGAUGAGCCGAUGUGGAAGCCGACAUAG